AUUAUCACAAAAAAUAUAUAUAUACAUAUAUAUAUACACAUUUGAUUUGUGCUGAUUCUGGGUUGAAAACUCAAUAAUACACCUUUUUCUCUGUUUUUUCGUAAUCAAUGAGCAGUCUGAGAUAAUACCUUCAAAUCUUCCCUAUAUAUUACCCAAAAAGCCACCCAUAUAUAUAACGACUUCCAAACCCUCCUGCUUUGUUCUACUCCCUCUCUUCGUUUGUCACGGCCUCCGAGCCAUUCCGAGUCAUGGUCUCGAACCAUAAUAGCCUCCAGGUCAUCUUGGGUGCACCAGGGCUAAGGGGUAAGACCCUGACGGCUCUACCAAAAGAUGGUCUAACCUCUCUCAUACAGUCCAUCAUCUUCAAUAAACAAGACCUUAAAGAACCCUUCUACGUGCUGGACUUGGGUGUGGUCGCGUCUCUCAUGGACCAAUGGACUCGCACCCUCCCAACCGUCCGUCCUUUCUACGCCGUCAAAUGCAACCCCAACCCAGCAUUCCUCGGUGUCUUGGCUGCUCUCGGCUCGAGCUUCGACUGCGCUAGCCGGGCCGAGAUCGAAACCGUUUUGUCUCUCGGAGUCUCUCCUGAUCGGAUCGUUUAUGCCAACCCUUGCAAAGCCGAGUCUCACAUCAAGUACGCCGCGAGCGUUGGCGUAAACCUCACGACUUUUGAUUCCAAAGAAGAAAUCGUUAAGAUCCGGAAGUACCACCCGAAUUGCGAUUUGCUCAUUCGGGUCAAAUCUCCGGACGACGGCGGCGCUAGAUGCCCGCUCGGUCCAAAAUACGGCGCUCUUCCAGAGGAGAUCGCGCCGCUCCUUCAAGCAGCCCAAACCGCCGGACUCACCGUCUCCGGCAUAUCUUUCCACAUCGGAAGCGGCGCUACUGAGUCUGGCGCUUACAAAGCGGCCAUAGCGGCGGCAAAAGGGGUGUUCGAUGUGGCGUCACAGCUCGGCAUGCCUGAAAUGCACGUGCUUAAUAUCGGCGGCGGUUUUACGGCGGGUCCACAGUUCGACGACGCUGCUACCGCCGUUAAAUCCGCCAUCCAAGAGUACUUCAAGGAACCCGGUUUAACCUUCAUUGCCGAACCGGGGCGGUUUUUUGCAGAGUCGGCUUUCACGUUAGCCACCAACAUUAUCGGGAAGCGUGUGAGGGGGGAGCUGAGGGAGUACUGGAUAAACGACGGCGUUUACGGGUCCAUGAAUUGUAUACUGUACGACCAUGCUACUGUGAAUGCGACGCCGUUUGCGUGCACGUCGAACCGUGAGAACCCAAGGUGCGGUGGAGCGAGGACUUAUUGUUCGACUGUGUUUGGGCCCACGUGCGAUGCCCUUGACACGGUGUUGACGGGUCACCAGUUACCGGAACUACAGGUCAACGAUUGGCUGGUGUUUCCAAACAUGGGUGCGUAUACGGCAGCUGCUGGGUCAAAUUUCAAUGGGUUCAAUACAUCAGCGAUUACGACCCACCUCACAUAUUCCACCAACGCAAGCUAACACCACGACUCUUCUGUCGGGUUCGUUGCUGUAUCAUGCUGGUUAAUGUUCCCAAUUUUCGGGUUAUGUAAUGGGCUCCAUGUUGUUGUUGCUGCUGUAAUUUGUCGGAGAAGAGUCAAGCAUCAAAUAAUUAAUUUAUGAGUUUUGUUGUUUAGAAUGUAUUUGAUGACAUAAAUAAUUUAUUAUUAUAACAAGUUAUGAAGACAA